AUGCUGUACCAUGAUGACUCGUACACGACGGGCUGUUUUACUGGCGCGUGCUCGAUCAGAGACAAGCAAAAUAUGCAUCAAUUAAACUUAAAUUUCAAUGGACAUUGGCAACACAUACGAGAAGAAAGAGUAACACUAAAAGACGUCGACAUUAUCAUGCAACUCAGUUGCGCACAUUAUGUUUAUCGUCUUACACUACGACCAGCACCUUCAUAUACGCAAUUAAAUACGACUUUUCCACUCUAUUUAGAGCUUCCUGCACCCGGUUCUAGUAAUCCCAACAAAGAAUUAGAAAUGUGCCCACCAGAAAUCGGAGCGUUUUCACUUGUUGAGCAGUUGCAAUGUGAAAAGGAAGAACGACAGCAAACUUGUGACUCGACGAGCGCUGGUCAAGCUAGUGCUUUGUUUGGUGGAACUCUAGUAGCAGCUUUGUUGGUAUAUUCGUUACUUCCUUACGUCAGAGCAAGAAACAGGAAGAGACACUGCAGUCGUUCGAGAACGACGAGCGAGGACAGACUGAGCUGGUUGAGUGACCAGUCAGAUACACCUACCACGCCAACGAUAGCGAAUGGAGCUAAUUUACGAACGUGGGAAACCUUUGAUGGUGAUAAGAUUGAGCCUGUACGAGCGUAUCGCGACGGACAUAGGAAACGAAAUGAUCGACAUUCGGAAGCCGUGAAUGGAAACGCCGUGUCAGAUGCUGUAUCUGAGCUGCUGCAGGUCAAACUUCCCGAUUUCAAUGAUGCACGAGGAUGGCAGACCUUUUUUGAUUCACAAAUAUAUCACAACGAGCUCCAAGACAAGGAACAUGCAGCGACAAACUGUGUGUCCAACAGGAAGAGUCGAGGUGGUCUAGUACCAAGUGACUCAAGUGUUGUUGAGCGCACGAAUCUACGCGAAAUGAAGUUUACAUCCACAACAGACAACAAUACAACGAGGAGUGAAAGAUAUAGAACGAUUCGGGACAGAAUUGACCGAGCAGCAACAGAGGCUGCUAUUGACGAUGCGCAGUCAUUUAACGAGUUUUGGCAAAUGUAA